AUGGGUGUCCUUGAACAACUGAACCGCAAGUCCGGCGUUAUCGUCGGUGACGACGUCCUCCGUCUCUUCGAGUACGCUAAGGAGAAGCAGUUUGCCAUCCCUGCCAUUAACGUCACCUCCUCCUCCACUGUUGUCGCUUCCCUCGAGGCUGCCCGUGACCAGAAGUGCCCCGUUGUCCUGCAGAUCUCCCAGGGCGGUGCUGCUUUCUUCGCCGGUAAGGGUGUCUCCAACGAUGGCCAGAAGGCUUCCAUCGCUGGUGCCGUUGCCGCUGCCCACUACAUCCGUAGCGUGGCCCCCGCCUAUGACAUCCCCGUUAUCCUCCACACCGACCACUGCGCCAAGAAGCUCCUCCCUUGGUUGGACGGUAUGCUCGAUGCCGAUGAGGCUUACUUCAAGCUGCACAACGAGCCCCUCUUCUCUUCCCACAUGAUCGAUCUGUCCGAGGAGGACGUUGAAGAGAACAUCAAGACCACCGCCGCCUACCUUAAGCGCGCUGCCCCUAUGAAGCAGUGGCUCGAGAUGGAGAUCGGUAUCACCGGUGGUGAGGAGGACGGUGUCAACAACGAGGAUGUUGACAACAACUCCCUCUACACCCAGCCCGAGGACAUCCUGGCCAUCAACAACGCCCUCGCUCCUAUCUCCCCUUACUUCUCCAUCGCCGCCGGCUUCGGUAACGUCCACGGUGUCUACAAGCCCGGCAACGUCAAGCUGCACCCCGAGCUCCUCUCCAAGCACCAGAAGUACGUCGCCGAGCAGACCAAGUCCAAGUCUGACAAGCCCGUCUUCUUCGUCUUCCACGGCGGCUCCGGCUCCUCCAAGGCCGAGUUCAAGGAGGCCAUCAGCUACGGUGUCGUCAAGGUCAACGUCGACACCGAUAUGCAGUACGCCUACCUGACCGGUGUCCGUGACUUCGUCCUGAACAAGAAGGACUACCUCCUCUCCCAGGUCGGUAACCCCGAUGGCGCCGACAAGCCCAACAAGAAGUUCUUCGAUCCCCGCGUGUGGGUGCGCGAGGGUGAGAAGACCAUGAGCGUUCGUGUCAAGGAGGCCCUGGAGGACUUCAACACUGCCAACCAGCUUUAA